UUACUUCAGUCGAAGCUAUUCGCAUUUGACAGUUGCCGAAAACAUGGUGUGGAAUAAACUACAAAAUAAUUCUUUAGCGGAUAAAUUACGCGAUGUGUAAAAAUCAUUGAAAUAUAUAAAUAAUGAAAAACAGAUUGCUGCUCAAAUGAGAAAUAGUGCUAAUAUAAACGAUUUUUAAUUACUAAAACAAAGAAAAGCAAGUGUUUCAAUAACAAUUUGUGCUAAAUAAAAUGGUACAAGCCACCGCUAAAUCGUAUGUUUACAAAUUUUCUGGUAAAGUGGAAAUCGUAAAGUAGCUGAUAAAGAGUUUAAAAGUGUAUUGUGCAAUAACGAAAAAUGUAAAUAAAAAUAAAAACACAAAUGUCUACAUAGAUAGUGACUGCGGCGCUAUUUUGUCUAAUGAUUAGAAUUUGUUGUCCCACCGUAAAAUACCGUUAUCAGUCGCGAUUAAACGGUCUUACCCGAAACAUUUUUUUCUGCACGGCAUUUAUUGUGUUGCAUUGUUGAGGUGCACCGAGAAAUUGCCGUGAAUACAUAGUAAAAGCAAAUAGGUGCAACACGUCCGAUGGCACAAAUUAGCAACGCUUAAACUGUGUCCGGCUGAUGGCUGAAAAUACCAAAACAUCAAUAAAUACACAAACAUCUACAAUCACAGUCAUUCACGAAAUUUCACACACCCACGCAAAUAUCGACGCAUAGAUACUUAAGCGCCCAGAGCGUAUAUUCAGAAGCCGGCGAACGUUUAUCAUGCUGAGCAUUUCGCAUACAGAAUUUAACAUCGCCAUCAACGGUGCUAACAUCGAUUACAACGACGGCGGCGCCGACGACGACGGCCUCGUCAACGUUUGUGCGGCUGGAAUAAGCUUAAAUCGCAUUUGAAAGAGUGGAAUUUUCGCAAUACAAGUGGCGACGUGACGGCGUGAAUGCUUCGUUAGCAUCGUAUUUCGGAAAGCGUGCUGAGGACUUAAUCCCUUUACCCCAACAAACAACGAAAAACCAACCUGCACGCCCGCAUUGUUUCCAUUCAUUCAACGAAAGGAAAACGUCCAAAUCCGCACCACUGUUAUUGCCGCUAUAAGCACAAUUCAGUUUUCCAUUAUACCCAUUUAACCUCUUUUUUAUUAGAAUUUACUGUACCGUUCGUCUCGACUUAAGCGCCGUCAUUCGCAUUCACAUUUACAGUUUUUCUUAAGGGGAUUUGUUAAAGCAGCUAUAGCUAUAGCUGAAGCAUUCACUUUAAAUCAGUCAGCUACUAGAACGUUACAACCGCAUUGUUCAAACUAAAGUGUUCGUUCAUUCGUUCGUCGCUGAUUGGUUCGUGCGGUGAAAGAGUGAAGUGAGGUGUUGAUGGUGUUGUAGACAGCAGCUGGCAGUCGGCAUAUUCCGUUGGUGUGGUAAUAAAAAUCGUACGUGUAAUUCGUGUUGCCUAUGUCGGAACAUGCCAGUGGAUAUGCAAAAGAACGUCUCCGUACAAGUUGAUAGUGAUUUUGCUUUACUUCUGCCUAGCGGUGUUUACGAGAUUAAGAAAAUGGAACCACGCUCCAAAAUACGAACAAUUAUCCUAUUUUGCCUCUUUUUGGCAAUUGCUGGUAUUAUUGGAUUCGGUUACUUCUGCCAAGAUCAGAACAAAGCUUCAUAACCAACCGGCUGCCUUGACUUCCUUGUACGAUUCUGUUGAACGUUUUAGCGGAUGUGUGACAUAUUGAAUUGCUGCACGCACACUUGCUUGCAACACAAAUUGUGGCAGACAAGCCGAAAAGUUUACGCUCAACUUCCGUGCGUCAGCAAAUACAUGUAGAGCCAUGUGUGCGUAUAUGCGCACGUGUGUGAGCUUGUGUGUAGAUAUGUGCGUAAGAACAGCCUGUCAAAGAAAGGUCUGUGCGCUCUCCAAGCGCGGCAUGAUGCUACAACCGGAUAUACUAGCCUACAAUGAGGCGAUAAUGCCACCACCAGGUGCCGUAGGCGCUGCCGCCGCGUCGGGUGUGGCUAACAAUGCGUACGGUGUUCACCACUAUCAGCAUCAGUCACAUCAGCCGAGUGGUGGCGGAGCCGAAUCGGCCAUGGCGCUGGCAUCCACAUCGGCGAUUAGCGCGAAAUCAAUACAGCAAAAUGUAAUUAUCACCAAUGCCGGUCUCAGCUAUGAGGAUGUGCUGAACGAUGAUUUUCAAUUCGAUAUGGACGGGCAUGAUGUGAUGGUGUUCCUGCAUAUACAAAAGACCGGAGGCACAUCAUUUGGACGGCAUUUGGUGCGUGACUUGGAUCUAAAGCGACCCUGCGAGUGCCAGCGUCAACGCAAGCGUUGCUACUGCUUCCGUCCACACCGCAACGAGAACUGGCUGUUCUCACGCUACUCGACCGGUUGGAAGUGUGGCCUACACGCCGACUGGACGGAGCUGACCAGCUGUGUGGAUAUCGAGUUGGACAAGAACGAAGGCGAGACGGCCAAGCGUCGGUACUUUUACAUUACGCUACUACGUGAGCCCAUCUCACGGUAUAUGUCCGAAUAUCGGCAUGUGCGGCGCGGUGCGACGUGGAAGGGUUCACGUCAUUGGUGUCUGGGACGUCAAGCCACGGCGGCGGAAUUGCCACCCUGUUACAAGGGCAAGGAUUGGUUGGAUGUGGAUUUGGAUGAGUUCGCCGCUUGCGAUUCGAAUUUGGCGGCCAAUCGACAGACCCGCAUGCUGGCCGAUCUCGCGUUGGUAGGCUGUUACAAUAAGACUGCUAUGCCGGCGCAUGAGCGCGAUCGCGUCAUGUUGGCGAGCGCCAAACGCAAUUUGGCCGCAAUGGCAUACUUCGGACUCACCGAGUAUCAGAAGAUUUCGCAGUACAUAUUCGAAGAGACAUUCAAUCUUCGUUUUGCGAUACCAUUCGAACAACACAAUACAACAAUAUCUGCGUCGGCGGUAAACAAUUUGCGACCGGAUCAGAAGAAACGCAUCGAAGAGUUGAACAGCUUGGAUAUCGAGCUAUAUGCCUUUGCAAAGAAUUUACUAUUCCAAAGGUACGGUUCGUCGAAGUAAGCUAAUACAUAUUUCAAAUCAAAUAUUUCGAUAGCUUCGGUUGGAAAUCUUNGCAGCUGGUAUUAUUUGUUAGUUUUAAACUUGCUGAUUUGUUUGUAAUCGGUUCUAUUAUUUGUGUGUUGCUAUUGUAAAUAUAUUUAUAGAAUUUUUUGUCUGCGCAUUUUAGAUCCGAAUUGAGCGUCACAAUUAGUUGCAAAUUAAUAUUAUUUUUAGAAAUUAACGAUCGGCAUGUUUAUUGAUAGUCAUAUGGUUUUACUGUUAACUUUAAGAAAAUACGCUAAGCCAAAAUUAGUUUAGACAUUAAUUAUAAGCUUAGUAAAGUAAAAUUUAGACGAAGAGUAUUUUUGUUUAUUUUAAUUAUAUACAAAAAUUUAUUUCUAAUAGAAUUCCUACUUUAAUUUUAAAUAAAACAAAGUAUUUACCAUAUAAGUAGGGGAGAUACUAAUUUAAAGCUAGAAUAUCAUACGCAAACGUUAUUGUAAACGGUUUCCGUACGCAUUCACCAACACAGAAGAAGCAUUUACCAUAAAAAUCUAACUUAUAUCUUUGGUUUUUUUUUUUGUUUUAAUAAACAAUGCAGCUUGUUUUGGUUUUGUAAAUACCGUGCCAUUAAAUUGUAUGCAUUACUAUGCAUUUUUCAUAAAUUUAUUUGAUUUGUGGCCAAAUUUAAAAUUUAUUACCGAUAUUGUUAGUGCUUUUUGUUGUUUUAUUAGUCAAAAUAUUUAUAUAAGACAAUAACAAUUUAUAAUUGAAAUUGUAAGCGUUUGUCUACUUACAAGUUAAUUAAUUAAUUUCUUAUGAAAACACAAAUGAACAACUUUUAAAGUAAUAAAAUAAUAACAGCAUAAACGAGCCAAAACAAGAACAAUACUUAGCAACAACUAAGAGAAAUCCAUAAAUUUGAAUCAAGAAAUAAUUACAUGCUGUGUUAAGGCUAUAAAUACCCACGAAAUUGCCUAUUUGAAAUUACUUGUAUGCAAAUGUCAUGUCACAUAAGCAAAAAACUUACCAA